AUGAAAAGCAAGUUUAAGAUAGAAGAUAUAGAUGAAUAUCAAACAAAGAGUAGUUUGAAUCAGUUGUAUAAAACUGAUUUACUACAAAUAUGUCAAGUGUUAAAGAUAGAUACAAUCAAUGAUGAUGAUACAAAAACAUACAUCAUCGAUCAAAUACUUAAUCAUUAUAAUAAUAAUAAUAAUAAUAGGAAUAAUAAUAACAGUAAUAGUAAUAAUAAUAAUAAUCAGGAUGCAGAUAAACAGCAACAACAAGAUAACAAGAGAAUAUAUACAGAUAAAGAGUUAUCAAGCUGUAUUAAAAAAAGACUCAUUAAUAUAUGUAAAGAUUUAAAGAUCGAGUACAGAGAGAGUGAUACAAAUAAGACGUUAAUACAAUAUAUAAUGGUAUAUCAAAAGACAGAGGUUACACCAACAUCAUUGAGUGGUGGAUACUCGUUACCUUGGUCAAUCAUUGCGAGUAUUCUCACUCGUGCUUGGAAUGAUGCAAAGUAUUGUACUUGUAUCUAUCCUAAUGGUUUACAAGAUCUACAAACAGAUUUAGAUUGUAAAAUAGAGGCAUCAAGAGAUACCUAUUCAUUCAAGAUUCUCGGUCAACAAUUCAACUCUAAAAUCGGUCAAUAUACAGAACAAGUCAAAUCCAACAACCAACACUGCCCACAACAUGCAAUGUACUAUAGAGAUGAUUCAUUGUAUCAUCCAUGGGCUCAUUUUGACAUUGAGUUAAGUGAAUUCAAACCCAUUGAAAUACAAUGGAAGCAGACGAUGUUGACCAUCUCCAAGAAAGUAUUCCAUCAUCUAUCCACUACAAUCUCUCGUACUUUUACUUUCCCAUUAAACGAUGAAAACAAGAUGCCAAGAGAAAAGUUUGAAAAAUCAGUUUGGAGUCAUAUCAACAACCAGUACAAUGGAAUCAAAGUUGCAAAUAGAAUCUAUCUUCCACAUUCAAAUCAAGUGUAUCUUGAUGCACCACCAUGGUUUGCAAAGUCAAUUGAACAUGUUACACUCUAUGAUUUAACCACUUUCAAUCACAGUAAUAUUUCACAACUAGUCAAUCUAAAAUCAAUUGCACUCUUGGGACACCAAGAUCCUGAAUUAGGAACACUAAAGAAUCUCACCUCUAUCACCAUUGACUCUCAGUUCUAUGAACAAGCCAUUGAACAAGAUUUGGUCAUGACAUUGGAUCGUCCAAUGACCAAGUUACUUUUAGCUUAUCCAUCGGUCAUUUUAAAAGCAAAAGAUAUUGUGAUAGAAUCAUUACAAGUUAUCAGAUUGGAUGUCGACACACACAUGGCAUUAUUUAAAAACACCGGUGCUGGUCAAGACCAAGACAAACAAUCAUCACCAAGAAACCUACCCAAUCUAAGACAUGUACACAUUGAAUUUAUAGAUGAAAAAGAUAUUACCAACUUUAUUCUACCAGAUACAGUCACUACACUGUCCAAUUCAAACUAUCCAUAUGGCAAUGAGGAUAUAUAUUGGAGAUUUUUAGAGAUUAAUCCACAUAUUACUUCUCUAAGAUUAACAUCUAAAAUAGUAUUUAAUUUUGAAAUACUUGAAACCAUUGGUAAUCAACUCAAACAACAAUCCAAACUAUCAAGAAUCAUGGUUUAUUCUCAAAAAAGUUUGACAGAUAUCCAACAUCAACAACUCAUACAAUCAAACAUAUACUUAAAUGCAUCAAAGGAUAUGAGUCUUGGACAAGAGUUUAAAAAAUAUAUAUUCUACAGAAAUGAUCAACAACAUAAUCAAAUCAUUAAUAAUAAUACCACGACUCUCAAUAAUAAUAAUAAUAAUCCAACAAUAUUUAAUAAUGAUUGUUCAACUACUCCUUUAUUACCAAACAUUAUUAUUAAUCAAAUCAUCAAAUUAUUAUGGAAUAAUUUUGAAUCGAUUCAAUCAAAUUGUCCUCAUCAUGGUUGGUUUGAUAGAUCUUCUUUGUACCUCCCACUCUCUCUUUAUAACACACAAAAAAGUAUCUAUCAGUUGAGACUAUCAAAGUUGUCGACCAUCUCCAAGUCAACUCGAUCAUUUGUAUUUGAAAAGUUAUUUACAAAGUUUGGUACACAACCAUUAUUUGCAUUCAAAUUCAAACCAUUUGUCAAAACCAUUAAAAGAAUAUCAACCUUUGUAAGUUCAGAUGAACAGCUGGAUCUUCUACAACAAGCCAACACCAUUCAAUUGCCAAGCAUACCAACCAUAACCAAACAUCAUCCUUUCAACAAUCUUAGAAAGCUUAAUCUUUCUAAUCUCCAGGUACAAUCUAUAGAAAGUUUACAACAAUUCAUUGAAAUGUUGGAAAUACCACUUGUCAAACUGACACUUCCACUCAACUUGAGACCAAUACUACCAUUUUUAGCUAAACAUGCAAGUGCAACACUCAAACAAUCACUGGAAAGUAUUCAAGUAGAAGUCAACUCUAAUCCCAUUCACUUGGAACCAUUCCAAAAUAUCAAACAUAUCAUUGUAAUGGAUAAAGAGAAUUGA